AGGGUAAAAUGAAAAUAUCUUAUUCUUUUUCUUAAUAUUAAAAACCCCCCGAAACGGAUAUGUUUUCACCGCUAAAUCCUCGAUAUCGGCCGCAGUUUCUUAUCGUUCAUUCUCUUUCACUCUUCUGCUCGGGUUUCUGAAUCGAUAGGAGAAGAAGUUUUAAUGCUAUUUUGCCUGAUGAUGAUGAUGCGUUAAGCCUCAUUCAACUCCAUUGUGUUUAUGGUCGUUUCUUCUUUGGAUGCUCGUUAACAGACUGAAGCUUAUGGAAGCAAAUGAGGAUGAAAUCUCGGUGCUAUUUACAGAAAUUAAUGAGUCUCACGAGAGCUCAUUUGAGUUCUCAGACGAUAUUAUCUCUUUACCACCCGAGAUGCUCAAAUCGAAUGAGAAGACUAUUGUACUCACACCAGAAGAGGCAACAUGGGUAGAUUCCUGCUUUGCAUUCGGCCCUGAAUCAUCAGACGACAAAUGGAUGGUACUUAGAGAUGCCUUCCUCGAUGCUCUAAACUCCUAUCCUAUUUAUCAUGAAACUCCAUCUUCCGUCAUAGAGAGCAACGAUGAUAGAGUACUUGUCGAUACAAGCAAGGUAAUAGAACAACACGAUGUCAUGGACGAUGACUUGCCUGAGGAGAUGCAAACAGAACAUGCUACCUUUAUCGAUAAGACUUCACAUCUUACUAUUAUGAAGGUGCAAGACGAUCAUAUCAUACACCAUAAUCCAUCUACAGAUGCAGAAAACUCUAGUGACCAAGUUUCCACUGCUGAACAAGUUACUGAAUCGCGUGAGAGUGUCUUCAAGGUUUGGGAUCUUGAAACAUCAGCUGAAGAAGAGGAAGACGAACUCAUCACACAACUAAACAAGCUUCUAAGUGGAAGUAGGCUUCAGCAACCCAUGCAUUCCAGCUUAUAUGUGAGCGAAGAGAAUGUGGAUGAACUCAUUGCGAGCUUCUUCGAUUUGUCUCUGAAGCCUUUUGAGGAUGAAUGAAUCAAAACAGUUGGCUAUUUUCCGUCUCGAUUGUUCUUGUACCAAAUACUUGGGGAUAUGUCAACUAGUUAAAUGUCGAUUAUAUAAUACUUGGAAUUUGAGUGAAUGUUGUCUUAUUGGAAACACUAUGAUAUUGUAUUACAUAAGUUAAAGUCCCUGAAUGGAAUAGGAGAUACCAUGAGCACGGUUGAGACUUCGUUCA